AUGACCGAGCGAAACUGCUUUCGGAUCGGCAGUGUCGGCGUGAUGGACAUUCUCGAGCCGCACAGCACCAACCAAGAUCUCCAAGCCAAGGAUCUUUAUCAGCUCGGCUCUCUGCUCGUCGUGCUCGGCUGUCGCGGCGCUGUUUUCCCCGACAUCAAAACGCUGGCCGUGCAUUACAGCGAGAAGUUCGUGAAGGUCGUGCAGCUGCUGCUUUCCGCACAGUCGCCCGCGUCCGUCGUGUUAGAGCAGUGCACUGCGCAGAUCGUGAAGACGCUGAACAGCUCGCUCUCGACAUGCGACACGUACUACAACGAUCUCCGAAAAGAGUACGCGAACGGUCGAUAUAUGCGGCUUCUCACCAAGCUGGCGUUCGUGAAUGAGCGUCCCGACGAGAAGGGAGGUUACAGCUGGAGCGAUACGGGCGAUCGGUACAUUCUGCGGCUGUUUCGCGACUUUGUGUUUCAUCAGAAGGACGAGGAGGGAAGAGCGGUUGUGGACUUCGGCCAUGUGAUCGAUUCGCUGGCCAAGUUGGAUGUUGGCGACCCGGAAACGAUUCCGUUGUGCAGUCCGGAUGGAAAGACGGUGCUGGUGUGCUCGUAUGGAGAUGUGCGGAGAUGUCUGGAGAACGUGUAUUCGGAGCUGAUGGCGGCGAGGUUCGGAGAGAGACGCAUGAAUGCGAGUCAAUUUGUUGUGGGACAAGGGAUGUCGCCGAUGAGUAGUGGAGGAGGAAUUGGGUUUAUGCCUGGAAAGAAGGAGAGAAUGUGA